AUGGGACUGUCAAAGUUGCUCUUAUUGCUCGGCGUAACCAGCCUCGCCGUCGCACACGGCACCGAUCACCAUGGAGGAGGCAUGUCCAUGCCCCAGGCGCCCGGCGUGGGCUCCAAUCUCACUGAUUCUCUGCCCAACUACUUUGCCCACCCAGAGCACCGGUUUUCCAUCUAUUGCCAUAUAACUUUAAUGACCUUGAGUUGGGUCAUUGUGCUGCCGACAGCUGUAAUGCUCUCUCUCGCCCGAUCGAGAUAUACCUUAAUAGCCCAGCUCGUCUUCUUAGCUAUUCAUUUCCUCGGGCUGACCGUGGGCAUUGCGUAUAAUGCUAGCACCCCGGAUCUGUAUCCAAACAACGCUCACCACAAAAUUGGCUGGAUUGCUACGGUUGUUGUGACCGCUCAUGUACUGCUGAGCCUGUUCAAUCGGGCGGCCGGUGCCGUGUGGGCCAGCAGGGCGUCUUCUCCCUCAUACCAGGAGCUGAGAAGCUUCAUCCCCGUCACAAGAUCCACCUUAGAUACUGACCAGGCCUUGGAUGGUAACGAUCCUUCAUUUCAGCGACCUAACCGGACGUCCUAUGAUAGCGGCCAUGGAACCGAUCGAGCAAGUGAAUCCCUGCGAAGCAAUUCCAUCUCCACGAUUGAAGACCACGCCACCGUAGGGUCGACUGAGAACAGACGAAACCUUGAGGAUGUUGCAUUCGACGAUGAGUUGCUGCGUCAGCAGCCAACCCCCAGUCGCUGGCACUGGUCUUCUUCAAAGCUCCCUAUUCGAUCUCUAAGUCACGGCGUGGCGAUUAUGCGACUCUGGUAUAAUAUCGUUGACAGGAUAGUUCUGCCGUUUGGCUUUGUGGCGCUAUGCACUGGCAUUGUGACCUUUGGUCGCUUCUUCGCUUGGAACAUCCGUCGACAAAAAUUCGGCCAGAAGUGGCGGCCUUCCGCAGAAUUUGUCGAGAGCUUUCUUAUUUUCUUCUAUGGUUCGACAAACAUCUUCCUCGAACACCUUGGCGGAUGGGGCGGCGAAUGGUCAGCGCAGGACCUUGAACACAUCUCAAUUACGGUCCUCUUCAUCGGCGGGGGUCUGUGUGGCAUGCUUAUCGAGUCUACCAAGAUAAGGGAGCUCCUCAACACAUCGGUUUCGGAGGUCGAUGAGAUUGACGUCGAAGGUGCCUAUGAUGGUGAGGGGAAGCAUAACCAGCUAACCUCACCGGACCACUAUCGGGUCUCCUUGAACCCCAUCCCGGCCCUGGUCAUCCUUUUGCUGGGCAUUAUGAUGAGUUCUCACACUCAAGAAUCCAUGAUAUCCAGCAUGGUUCACAAGCAAUGGGGAAAUUUGCUGGCAGGCGCAUCGUUUGCGCGUGGGUUGACGUACGUGAUCAUGUACCUCAAGCCACCCAAGUCUGUCCUACCAUCGCGACCACCCACAGAAUUGCUGGCUUCGUUUGGUCUUAUUUCCGGGGGUAUAAUCUUCAUGGCGAGUAGUAGCGAUACAGUUCGCGGUAUGGAGAACUAUGACCUUGACGCCAUGUUCAUGUACACCGUCACCAUGGGUCUGGUCGGCCUCUUGAUGGCUUGGGUGCUCUUCCUCCUUGCCCUCAAAGGUUGGGCGCUGGCUACCAAGGAGCUGGCUGAUGAUUUGAACAAGCUCCGAGAGGCCCCUGAUUUUAAACCAGACUCAGUGGCUCUUCUAAUCCACACCAUCCGCCAGGGCUCAACGCUGUUUCAUACCAAGGCCUCGAACGGAGAUUCUUCUUCACAUGCCCCGGGCUUGGGAAUGAACAAGUCAUUCCCCACCAAGACCUCUCAAUAA